AUGUCGAGCGGAAAGAAAACUCGAGGUCGGCAAAAGAUUGAGAUGAAAAAGAUGAGCAAUGAAAGCAGCCUACAAGUGACUUUCUCGAAGCGCCGUAGUGGGCUCUUCAAGAAAGCUAGCGAGCUUUGCAGUCUUUGUGGUGCAUAUGUUGCUCUAAUAAUCUUCUCACCAAGUGAAAAGGUAUUUUCAUUUGGUCACCCAAAUGUUGAAACGGUCAUAGAUCAUUAUCUCUCUCAGGUCCUACCCCAAAAUGAUGACAUCAUGAAAAUCAUUGGGGAUGACCGGAACACCGUUGUGUCCGAGCUCAAUGCUGUAUUGACUCGUAUCAAAGAUGAACUAGACAUCGAAAAGAAUCGUGGGAAUGAACUGAGCCAGCCGCAAAAGAAGAAUCUAGCUCAGUUUUGGUGGAAUUGUCCUAUUGAUGGGAUGGAUAUGGUCCAACUUGAAUCAUUCAAGAAGGCUCUGGAAGAUCUUAAGAAACUUGUUGCACAACAUGCUGAUAGGGUUGAAAUGCAAGGUACUUCUACCCAACCCCUUCAAGUUUUUGAAGGAAAUGGAUCAUCAUCUAACAUGCCUCUUAAGCACCAGCCAGAUCCUCAACAAGAUUCAAUCUUUCCGGCAGAAUUUAUUCAGAACCCUAUGUUGCAACCACAUUUGUUUGGCUUCAACAAUAUGGGAGGAGAAGGUGGACAUGGUCCCCAUGGGCUUUCUUGA